CUGGAAACCAAAAAAAGAUGGUCAACGCAGCAGCUGAUCAAGAAAACCAAGAUGGUCCAAAAACUAACUGUGAAGAACAUUUACCCUCAACACCUUCAGAGGUUGUAACAACGAGUACUGUAUUGCCCCAUUCAGAUCAGUUUACUGAAAUUAAAGAAGUACAUAUCACGCCAGGACACUCAGAUGUCUGGAAGAAAGGAGGCCGACUGCUUUCCGCCCUUUUGGCUCUUAAUAUUGGCCUGCUAGCCUGUGUACUGGUGAGCUGUGGUUCACUUGAGAACAUCUCUCUACGAGACACAGAGGUUCUGGUGUUUCUGGUCAUCCUCAUGCUUCUUUCAACCUUUUGGAUGGUUUUCCAGUUCUACUUCUCUUGUCAAAAAGAUGCAGUCCUCUACAAGGACUCACAUGCAGGGCCGGUCUGGCUAAGAGGUAAAGGGACACCAUACGUUGAUGAUGUGGGGUAGAACAGACAACACUAGGGGGUUACAUAGUAAAAAAAAAAAAAGCACAUUUGGGGUGUUAUCCAAAAAUACAUGUUUUUUUAAACCAACCUAUCUGGUUUAGUUUAUGCCAAUUACUCUAGAUUGGAAUUUCAUAAAGGAACACAAUAAAUACUAAAACCAGUGCAUCUUAAAGGGUAAUUCCAAGUGGCACAACCAUUACAGCAUGCUGUAAUGUUUAUGAUACCCCGACUAUAUUGGCACUAAUCUUUGGUAAGGGAGCAACCUUUUUUUAAAUGGCUUGCCACUUAACUGAGUCCCGCCUGGCGCUGAGCCUCACAGAAUGGCAGCCUAGUUGCAUAUGGUUACUCCAGAAGCCGAUACUACUAUUCAUUCAAAGGUUGCCAGUGUCAGCUGAGCACUCUCUUCAAAUACAUUAACUUUUUUGUGUACAUAAUUAAAACUAGCAAGCAGCGAAAUCCCAUUUCUGGCUGUCUAAUGAAACUGUCUAAACAGACAGCAACAUUAAAAAUUGACAGCUGGUGGCUGAAACAUGACAUAUAUUGGCAUGUGCUGCCUGUUACACUGAAAUGAUGCACAUACAAGGUUCUGGAACCAUGAUCACUUCAAAACACAGUUAUAGAGAUCUUGUGUUUCUAUCAUAUCAUGCAUCUCCUUGCACCAAUUUCAAAGAAUGCAAACUCUCAAUCUGUCAUUUUAUAAUACAUACAGUAGCUACAAAGGCUGUCUAAUACAACAGGGCUUUUCUCACAAAAAAGGACUGAGCCAGCAUAGAUCCUACGAUAUUUAAAGAGAUACAUUUCAAGCACCUAAAGCACUAUAGCUUGAGAAUUGAGAAUUUGUAUUAAUAAUAGCACCCUGUGAUGAUUGUGAUGUUCAUUAAGUCACGGUAUAUUCUAUAAAUAUAUAAAGGUUCCUUUUAACUUUGUCGUCUUUGCAAUCAGGUGGUUUGGUGUUCUUCGGGAUUUGCAGUCUGGUUCUGGAUGUGUUUAAAAUCGGUUAUUACAUCAGUUAUAUUGAUUGUGAAUCUCCAAUCAAGCUCAUUCAUCCCAUGGUGCAGAGUGCAUUCAUCAUCCUUCAGGUAAUUUGCUAGAUGGUCUUCAUAGAAAAACUUCACUACUGAGUUUAGUCAAAAACUACAGGGUAAACAUUAGGAUACAUUUUUUUCCAAUACAGCUAUUGUUCUUGUAUAUUUUGCAAUUUGGCUUUCAAUUCACCAAUUUUCACAAUAUAGCGAGUGGUUCCCAACCUUUUUUUAACUUGAGUACCCUUUGGCAGCCCAUUUCCAUAAAUUGUACCAAUCAUAUUAGCAGAAUAUUUAUUAUUAAUAUAGUUGGUGCUAUUUCAAAUUUAUAUGUCUUCCUCUGUCCCAUAUCACAUUUUUCUCUUCCCUAGUUUCACCUGCUUCUCCUCUAUCCAAGGCUUCCAAGUUCUUCCUCUGCCCCAGGUAACCCUGCUUUUCCAGGCUUAUCUGCUUCUACCUUGCCCCAGGCUCUCCUUGAUUCUCUUUUGACAUAGACUCCCCCUAAUCAUCAUCUGCCCCAGACUGACUUUGCUUCUCUUUUGACCCAGGCUCCCCCAAAUCAUCCUGUGCCCCAGACUUCAAUGCUUUUCCCCUGCCCCAGGCUCCUCUACUCUUCCUCUGCCAAAGGCAGUGUGUGGGGAGCAGGGCCAGACUGGGAAAAUAAUUUGGCCUGGACAUUUUUUAAUUACAUUGGCCCACUGUAAGGGGUGCGGGGUCAUAUAGGGUGUGUUUUGUCAUGACUAAUGACAAGCACGCCCCAUAUCAAAGUGAGCAUGUUGGUUCAAUGCUCUUCCAGAGCAGACCAUGCGCAGAGCUCUGCUGAAGAGUUCUAGCAUGAGAAAAAUACCCUGUAUUUGUUCUGCACAGCACAAGCAAAUGUAAUACCAUGCUUGCGUUGUGUUUGCUUGAAACUUGUCUCUGGUGUCUCCAUAAAUGGGAUACCAGGAGACAAAAAAUGCCAGGAGUAUUGUGCAUGUGUUUGAAGCCUACUUGUGGGAUUGAAUGUGUAUAGAGUGAGCUAAUUGUGGUGUGGUAUUGUGUUAAUAGGUUGGUUUCAGUCAUGUUGUGUUUGUGGUGUAAAGUGUAUUUAGCUGCUGUAGAGAGUGUGUAUAUAGGGCACAUAUUGUUUAUAGGGGAUGUAACAAGUGUGUGCAAACGGGCUGUAGUGUGUGUGUAUAGGUGAUACAGUGUGUGUAGGGGUUAUAGAGAGUGUGUGUUUAGGGAAUGUAGUAUGUGUUUGCUUACAAGGAAUCUAGUGUGUGCAUAAGCGAUCAAGAGUGUAUAUGUCAGGAAUGUAGUGUGUGUGUAGGUGGUGCAGUGUGUAUGUGGAGGGGAUCUAGUGUGUGUUUGAAGGACCCAGAGUGUGUAUAGGGGCAGUGGUGUAGUUAGCCCAAGGAAAACUAGACAUUUGCUUUGGGCGGCACUAAGCAGGGGGCGGAAAAAAAAUCUUCACCCAAAUGCCCACUCGGGCACCCCUUUGCUCCCCCCUGUCAUGGGGGGAAUCUAAGACCUGGCCUGCUGGCCACCCUAUGGACCCCCGGCGUGUGGCUGUAUUGGAAUCCGAGGCGGCGAGGGAGCUCUGAUCUCCAUGCUCUGCUCCCUCACGCCUUACUAAUUCCGUGGGAGCCAGAAUAUGAUGUCAUAUCCCGGUGAAGGGGGAGUGUGUGGGAAGGUGACAAUGUGGGGGUGGGAGGGCAGUGACCUUCCCCCAAAUACUAUAAAAGUAAUUAAAUAUAUAAAAAAACAAAUGAUCACAUGAGAGAACAAUAAAGAAAAUUCUUUGUAUUUCUCUGAAUGCACCAAAAGGAGAGAAGAUCUCUCACCUUUCUGAGAUACCACCAUAUGUGGUAAGCUAGGGUAAUCAAGUAUGUAUCAUGUUGCACCGGGCCGUCCUCUUUAAUCCCAGCCUGCCGUGUGAUUCGCUCAGUACCAGCCUUCCGCACUCAAAUAAAGAAGCAAUGAGCGGGUGGGCCUGCGGAACGAGAAGCAGGCAAGCUGAUAGUGACAGUUCUCUGCCACCAAUCAAACCCAGAGAUUGACUGGAUAGACAGCCAAUCACGUGAACAGUGUGCAACUGCCCAGGAUCGGCCCUGCAGAAGUCAAUUCAGCCAUUACAGAAUCGGUUUCGCAUAUCCCCUGGGGAACUGGUUCAUACCACUGGGGGGUACGCGUACCACAAGGUGCAUAUGCAUAAUGUAUUUUACUUAUAUAUUUAGGAAGGUUAACUUUCAGUGUAAGACCAGGGUGCAGAUGGUAAAGACGGAAUCUUUUCUAGACCGUAUAGAUUAUGCGUAUUCAAUCAAUCUUAUUAAAUUACUUUAAAAAAAAAAACAACCCAAUGUUUAUGAAUGUGAAAAAUAUUCUACUGUUUCAAAUCUGAUAUCUCUUUUUUCAGACUUAUUUUCUGUGGAGGUCCAGUAAACACUGUGUGCAGAUUCACACCAACAUUACCAGGUUAGGAUUUCAUCAUAACUCAGAGUCAUAACACUUCAGAUCACUGACCAUAUAUAUAUAUAGAUAGAUAGAUAGAUAGAUAGAUAGAUAGAGUGCAUUAUAUAUGUUAGAUUUAUAAAAAAAAUUAUAAUAUAAAUAAUAUAAAAUAAACAAUAUAAUUUGAAUCUCAAUGGUAACCUCUAUUCAAAUUUGAUAAUUUAUUUAUACAUGUAAGUAGUGUAUUGUUAUAAGGGUUUAGAUAUUUUUCAUCUUUACAAGAUCACCCAAACUUUAAAGGGUUACUCCAAGUACCAUGAUCACUUCAGUGAAAUUUUUAGGAAUAUGUAGUCUAACAGUUGGAGAUGUAACUCCAACAGCAGCUUCACUAGCCAGCCCAAAACAAAAGUUCUGGACUGGCUAAGGCCAAAUCUGCGAAAAAUGAUUUGCAUGGAUGUUAAUUCAUUUGCAAUUUAUCUAGUUGGUUUUUUUUUGUGAGAUAUCUAGAACUUCUCUGCUCCCCAGGUAUGGCCUGAUGCUGGUGCUAAUCACUAACCUCAGUAUCUGGAUGGCUGCUGUGAGUGAUGAGUCUGUCCACCAGACACAUGAUUUGGAACAUGAUAUCAACGACCUAACUUCAGCAUUUGGACAUCAUGAGCAAAAUGGUAUGUAGGUGUAAAUAUGGGAUUCUAGAAGGAGAUGAUCCAUUCAGGUUUCAGGGCUAUUUUUAGUUUUUAAUAUUUGUAUUUUUAUUUUAUGAUUUUGCAGACUCUGAUGAAGCUCACAGACACACCUGUCGUUGCAGUAACCACUUGUGUCACGUCUUUCAAACAGGAUACUAUUACCUUUAUCCAUUUAACAUUGAGUACAGCCUGUUUGCCUCAGCUAUGACAUAUGUAAUGUGGAAAAAUGUCGGGCGUGAGAUGGAUGAUCACAUGCCGUGCCACAAACGUUUAAGCCAGUUUUUUUGUUUCAAAACUGUAUUUGUGGGAUUGUUGCUUGGAGGAGGGGUAUUACUUGGAGGCAUUGUGGCCCUUGUCACCUACAAGGUACAAGUAAACAGUGCAGACACAGUCUACAUGGCUCAUGUCAUGUUCUAUUCAUUCAACAUUGUAGCUCUCAGCCUGAUGUCAGUAGGCUCCCUCGCUGGCUCCAUCAUUUACAGGUUUGACAAGAGAGACAUGGAUGGCCAUAAAAAUCCUACUCGAACACUGGAUGUUGCCCUACUGCUUGGGGCUGCACUGGGUCACUACUGCAUCUCUUACUAUUCCAUAGUAGCCAUGGUUGCCACUUCUCCCAGAGAGGUCCUCAAUGCUUUGAACCUGGUAUAUUCAAUACUCAUGAUUGUGCAGCUUACACUUCAGAACACUUUUAUUAUUGAGGGACUGCACAGACAACCAUUCCGAGAUGCAGCGAAAGUACCUGAAAAUGGUAUUAUCUAUGCAAAUGAGGCUGUGGCUCCGGCCAUACCAGAAGAAGAACCACCCGGAACAACUGUUCCAAGCUCUGAUCUGAUGCAGGCCAUUGGUCAGAUACAAGGUAUAGAAGAUCCCCCAUGGAAUCUGAAGAGAAGAAUGGUUCAGGAGAUCUCUCUUUUUCUGCUCCUGUGUAACAUCAUAGUAAGUACAAAAAUCUCAACUCAAAAUUAUUUUCCAAUCACCUACUUUUUCCCCCACUUUGAAAUAACAACUGUGAUCUUAUGUCACUUUUCUCAAGGACUUUUGAACAUUACAUAUUAAUUAAUAUACUUAUCAUUUAACUACUCAACCUAGUAUUUUAGACUCAGACUGUUAAUAAAAGUUAUGUUUUACUCAUUAUUAGAACCACGUUCACGCACUUAUAAUUUGUACAAGUGAGAGCUGAAACCCCUCAGUCUUGUGGUGGGCCAGUUUAUACUAGGGGUUUCUAGUUAGUAAGCAGUGUUGUAUGCCACUAAAUAUCUAAUUUUCAUCUAGUUGCACAUGAGUUGAGCCAAUUUUUCCUCACAGUCAACAAACUCAAGAACAGUGUGUUCAGUGUAAAAAUAUGAUUCUUUUUACAAAACAAUACGUUACAAUUGGUUAAUCAUUACCCCCCGUGUGGUUCCUAAAAUAGCUUAAAAACCCAGUUAUGGGAUUUCAUUUUCUCAAGACAUAAAGUAAAACAAAAUAUUGGAUAUGUCAAUCCAAAUUCCUCCAAAAGAAUUGAACAAAUCUAGACCAAGGGCAUUCAUUGCUUUAGCGCACUCUUCUACACCUAAGCCCCCCUCCUGCACAGUCAAACAAAUCUCACUUCCAUCUCUUCUUACAUUCUCUUUUCUUGCUCCUAACAGCUUAGGACAUCGCCUCAGCCCUGCCCUGCUCUCUUUCUUCCUCCUUGCCCUAUGAAUCCUUUCAAUAUCAUACACAUUCCCUCUCACUCCACUUCUGCUCCCCAUAUUUGCGGUGCUGUUUGGAAUGCCUUGUAGCAUUGCCAAAUAAGCUUUUAGUCAUCUUUAAUUUAUUAUCGUUAUGUGGGAUUUGCUAUAAUUAAUGGUAUCAAAGCCAACAAUUAUUCCCUAUCCUUCACUCUAUUCAUGUGAUGUGAGAGGUUUAAUAAAAUGGGGUUUGAUAUGUGGCUCAGUGGUGGAUCCGGGGGGAAGCACUAGGGUAAAUGAUCCUUUCAAAGUCCUGGGGAGAAGCUGGGUGCAUUUGAAUAAAAAACAAAUAAUAAUCAGUCUUAAUAUUCACAGCCAAGCCAAUGUUUUCCCAUAGGAAAGCAUUGAGAAGGUAUUGCGCAUGCACAUAAAAAUGCAACGCUGUGCAAAUCAGCAUAUGCUCAUAGAGAUGCACUGAAUCAAUGCAACUCCAUGGGGAACGUUUAACGCCUCCAAGCAGAGCACCUCUAGUGGCCAUUUGAGUGAUUGUUACUAGAGGGGUUUCUAGGCAGGCAUUGUAAACACUGCCUUUUCUCUGAACAGGCCUGUCAUUGGACUGUGUCCCCAGCUCAGAUUGCAUGCAUACAUUCUGAGACGACGAGGAGAGAGAGAUUGGGGAGGAAGAUGGGGGGAAAUUCAUUUUUGUUUUUUGUUUUUUAAUUCAUCUGAAGGCAUUUGGAUUGCAAUAUCUGGAUAUUUUUCACACUAUUUACCAAUUUUGCCAUACUGGCUCAGAAUGAACAGAAUACUGUUUGGAUUUUAGCCUGUCCAUAUCCAAUAGAACUUAAAUCUGAUCCUGAGAGCUCUGAACCGCCUGCACUAGUCGGCAAAUAUUUAAACACACUGCAACAGCAUAUGGAUUAAUAGUGUGGUGGUUGGCAAGCUCUUGCUAGCCAACAUCCACAAAAACUAAAGCAGAAAAUAAAAAUAAAAGAAUAUGAAGGUUACUGUGAUCCCCCAUAACUAUCAGUAUGAUAAAAUGUUUCCUUACAUCCCACCUAACCAGCAUGCUGCUGGUGGAGGUAUACCUACCAAAUGGGCAGUGGUAUAACUAUAAUGGGGGAAUAAUGAAAUAUUAUUGCUGCCCAGUGGCUAAAGACCGCCUGUAAAAUGGAGGUCUACAUUUGUCUCAUCCUAAACCUCACCCAUGGAAAACGGGUGGCACAACAUUGUCAUAAGGGAGCACAUUCCAUUGUUCAUCCCUACUCUUACCAUCCAUGGGUAUUGGGUGGGGGGUACUCAUCUAAUAACAGAGGAUGGGCCUGUUGCCAGCCCCUUUUUCCAAACCCAUAGGCAGUUGGUGUGGUAAAGAUAGCUAUAGAGAAAGACAAAAUAGUUAUAGAUGAGACAUGCCAAUUGUCCCCAUAAAUGGGUAUUUGGUGGUAUAAAAGUAAUAACAGAUGGGUUUACAUACCAUUGGCCACCCCUCUGUGCAUUGUUCUACCUACCCCCAUUCAUAGGUAGUGGGUAUGGUCCUUAAAACAAAAGAUUCAUGGACAUUGAAUGACGGUAUUACACUAACAAAUUGGUAAAUGUCCCCACCCCAGGUCACGUGACUAGUGGUGCCAAAGUCAUAGGCUCCCUCAUCCCUAAAUAUUUGAUUACCUACUCACUAACACUAAUAAUAGUGAGGGGGCAAAUAAAUGUAAAAUACCUGACACAGGUAUGUCCACACCCAGUUGUUAGUUAUUAGCUUGUGCUAUCAUCAGAUAUAUAGCCUAGAUUUAAUUAUGGUAAAUUCACUAGAAAAAUUAAGUGAAUUUAAUGACCGGGUUUCCCUGCAUCAGUGUGAAAUCCAAAAUACCUUUGGUGUUAAUCAUUUAUAUGACUUACUUUAAACCAGAGACUAUAUUGUACUAACCUAUGUGGUGCCAAUUCAGUUGGAAUGCGAAUGUCAAAUAAAGGUGAAAUAAUUUUAUACUAUUUUAGUUUUGUCCAUCAAGACCAAACUGAAUAACUCUCUUUGAUUUACACAGUAUAACUAACACUCUGAAAGUACAAUUUAUUUUUUUUGGGACACUAAAGCUAAGGGGUGACUAAGCACCACAAAAAGCUUUGCAUCAUUGUAAAGGAUACGGCACCAAGAGUACCAUGCACGGUGUCUUCCUGCGGGGAGUGGCGUAAAAGCAUAGGUGUUGCUAGAGGCAGGCUUUAGGGGCUAGUGUUGGAUUCUUUAGCCGCAGGUCUUUUAAGCAAAAAGGAACAGAGUAACAUUAACAUUGCUUUUUACAUCAUGUAUCUGUAGAUAAAGUACUUGUAGUAUAGAGCCCCCUGCACAUAACUUCCCCUUCCCGUGAUCUCCCAGAGACGAAUCUGAGUUUGAGUCGAAACACAAAUUCCAAGUUAACAGAAUUUCAGAUUGGAACUCCAGCCUGCCAAGUGACUGAUAGCGUGGCUCUGACUGCCAGAGCAGAAGGGCUAGGAGGCAAUUGUCAACCUCCUGGUUGUCUACUUGGCGUGCUAAUUGAGAGAUUCUAUCACUGAGAUUCAAGGGUUUAUUAUGACAUUGAUUAUAUAGUGUCCUGAUCGAAAGAAUUUACUGAUCGAAAGAAUUUACAUUUAGAUUCAGUCCUGGAUUCAAUAGGAACCUUCAACCAGAACUGCUCAAGAUUGUUAUCAUAUUUAGAUUAGGGAUUAGUUUAGAAAAUUGCAUCUCAUAUAUUAAUGGCGUCCUGCGACAAUUAGCAUCCUAAUGUGACGUUUGUACUUUGUAUACUCAUGCAUUUGUUUUGAUGUGAGGCAUGAAUGAUAAGUAUUUUUUGUGUGGAAUUGCUUUAUUCAUUAUUAGUGAUGUCCAGAACGGUUCGCCGAAUGGUUCGCCACGAACGGUUCGCCGCGGACUCAUCAUUAAACUUUGACCCUGUACCUCACAGUCAGCAGACACAUUCCAGCCAAUCAGCAGCAGACCCUCCCACCUCCUGGACAGCUCACUAAGAAUGCAGCUUCACAAUGAAUGUAAAAUGGAUGCUGUCCAGGAGGUGGAAGGGUCUGGGAGGGAGGGUCUGCUGCUGAUUGGCUGGAAUGUGUCUGCUGACUGUGAGGUACAGAACAGCGAACCGUUCGGGACAUCACUAUUCAUUAUGUGUGAAGACAGUAAUGCUUUUCUUACACCUGAUUUAUCUAACCUUGGCAGAUCUCUAGGUGAUCAUUUAGAUAGAUGUGACAAGGGCAAAGGGUGUGGGUGGGAUGAGCCCCAUAGUAGGUUAGAUGAUUUUUUAUGAUGAUGGUUACUGGGCUUGGCACUUUACAGACUUUGUUAAGAUAUCUUUCAGUGGUGCUAUAUCUUGAUGAACCAGUUUCUAAUUUUUCAGAAAUUGUUGUGGUGGCUCCAUCUUUUUCGCUUUAUAUUUUAGGAAUGCCGGGUGAUACAUCUUAACUCGUUCUCUGACAUUUCCCCUUCUCAACCAGCUUGUUAACAACAUGUAUGACUCUAAUGUCGAACCCCUCGGUCUCAUCCUUUCAACUUGGGUCUUCAGGAACUCAGGACAGGGGGCGAAUCCAUAAAGUGGCAUUGCCAGUGACACAAGUGGUGUCACGAGCGUCACCGUCAAUGUGUGUGUUCGCCCAGAAAAGCAAUGGGACCAUCCAAAAAAGGGGCAAGCUCGACAAAUAACUUAUUGCUUGGCCGACCUCCAGUGAUCCUGAAGCACUCCAUGCAUAGUCCUAGUUCCCAUUGCUCAGCGUGAGCAUGUCUAAUCAUGUUCUUCUCCAGUUGAAUAAAAAUUAGUCAACAGAACCAUUUACCGACAGACCCUAAGCCGCGGGCAUGGGUUCGUAUGUAGACAACCUCCAGAUUUUGAGAGUAGAAAAUAUGAGCAUUGUUUCUGUUACUUGUUUUUUAUAUGUCUUGUACCAUUUACCGUUUUACUUACCGUAUGCCUACGGAAUAUUUGAAAAAAUUACCUUCAAUAAAAAUGAUUGACACAAAAAUUAGUCAACAGAAAAAAAUUGUCAAAACAUUUGUGAGGAAAAAGUCACAUUUUAUUUACAUGCCAUAAAUAAACAAGUUAAAACAUGUAUUAACUAACAAUGCUUUUACAUACAGACAACGAUUUAAUAUGAGGGCAUUCACAAAUGUUUUAUUAAGCACAGUAAAGAAAUGAAAUAGAACAUUUAAGUCAGUCACUUAGAGACAUGUAAUAACAUGUAAUGAUUUAAAGGUGAAAUCCAAUAUUCAGAAUAUUGUGCCACUAUAUGUAUAUUCAAUGUUUUUAAUGUUGUCACAUACUGCUCUCUACUGUUCUAACGAGGAAAUCCAUCUGCUGAUCUCAGUAUUAGUUCACCAGUAUCUGCUCAUACAGAUUUUCCAGGCAAACAGAAACAGUUAGAAUCCCCUUUGACCAUGGAGAACUCUCAGCUGUACUCUGUAUAUUGUUACCAUAGGUGUGCGCAGCCUAUUGCAUUAGGGUGUGCACCCUAAAGCACAAACACACGCAGCAUGUAUAUAUAUACACACACACACACACACACAUACACUGCUGUUUGUGUGUGUGUGCUGUUAGUGCACUGUGUGCGGGUGCUGUGUGUGUGCGGGUGCUGUUAGUGUGAUGCUAAUGCUGUUAGUGUGCUGUGUGUGAGGGUGCGGUUUGAGUGUGAGGGUGCUGUUUGUGUGCUGUGUGUGAGGGUGUUUGUGUAUGUGUGUUAGGGUCCUGUUAGUGUGCUGUGUGUGUGAGGGUGCUGUUUGUGUGAUGUGUGUGUGUGUGAUGGUGCUGUGUGUGUGAGGGUGCUGUUUGUGUGCUGUGUGUGAGGGUGCAGUUUGAGUGUGAGGGUGCUGUUUGUGUGCUGUGUGUGAGGGUGUUUGUGUAUGUGUGUUAGGGUCCUGUCAGUGUGCUGUGUGUGUGUGGGUGCUGUUAGUGUGCUGUGUGUGAGUGUGCUGUUAGUGUGCUGUGUGUGUUUGUGAGGAUGCUGUUAGUGUGCUAUGUGUUAGGGUGUUGUGUGUUUGUAAGUGUGCUGUGUGCUGUAUGUUUGGAGAGAUUGUGAAGGUGGGGACAGAUUAGUAAAUAUCCCCCCUCCCUUCUUACCUUAUGUAAGGAGAGGGGAUCCUUGCUGCCACAUGCCAUCCCUGGUGGUCCAUUGAAGAGUGAACUCUAGCUUGCGGGGCUAGAGUUCACACUCGCGAGAUCUGAGCGUUGCUGUGGCAAUACUCAGAUCUCGCGAAAGGAACCUGGCGGAGCUUCUGUCUAGAGCUCCCCGGGUCCUCUCCUGCCUGCCUCCAUGCUGCUGUGGGCUGGUGAGGUAGAUCUUUGAUCUACCUGCCGGCCCAUGGAGGCUUAGAACAGAGCAGGCACUCAGAUAGCACCGGCUCUGCAUUAGCCGACAGGGGAGAUCCGGAGAUCUCCCCUGCCGGCAGGGGUCAAGUCCUGGGGAAUAAAGUGUGGGAACUCUCCCAAGAUUCCCACGUGCACGUGUAUAUAUAUAUAUAUAUAUACGCGUACACACACAUACACUCACAUACACACACAUAGACGUACACACAUACAUUCACAGACACACAUACUUACAGACACACAAAUACUCAGACACACACACUUACAGACACAGACACACACACAUACAGACACACACACAUACAUUCACAGACACACACACAUACAUUCACACACACACACAUACAUUCACACACACGCUCACAGACACACACACAUACAUUUACAGACACACAUAAACACUCACAGACACACACACAUACUCAGACACUCACAAUUUUUUUUUUUUUUUUAAUAAAAAAAAGUCCACCCAGCCUGGAGAGCUGGCGUGGACAUGUUCCUGGGGUCAGGUGCCUGUUUCCAUAUCAGGCGCAGCAAGGGAGCUGUGUGCUCUCUGCUCUCUCUCGCCGCCCGUGCAGUCUACAGUAGCCGGGAGCCGGAAUAUGAUGUCAUAUUCUGUCUCCCAGCAUCAGCAAACGGAGUGCGGUGAGAGGGAGCAGAGAGCACACAGCUCCCUCGCCAUGCCUGAUACGGAGACAGGCACCCGGGGGGGUCCAUCACCUCUUGCCCCCCCCAUGACAGGGGUAACACGGGGGGAGGAGUGCCUGCAGGACUCACAGGCAUGCCGCGGGGCACACCCCUUGCGCACGCCUAUGAUUAUUACCAUACUAUGUGAGUCUACUAUUUAUAUUUAUUAGGGACCCUAAAGCUGCACAUGUUACACCUUUGCUGAAAAAGGCAGGGAUCCAACAAUGUACACUAAGUAUUACUUGAUAUCAGUCCUUAAUGCUGAUAUCAAACUAUGGGCCAAAAUUUUGGUAACAAAGCCCUCUGCCUUCCUAUAUUAUCUUAUCCAUAAGGAUUAAAAGGAAAACUAUAGGGUAGGAAUAAAAAAUUGUAUUCCUAGCCUUAUAGUCCCCUUUAGGCACCUGCUCGCUCGCCUCCGUUGCCCCCUGCAGCACGGUCAGUUACUAGAAUCCAGCGCUGAUUACCCUUGGGGCUGGGUCAGGCUCAGCCUCUAUGGGUUUUUAGAUGAAGCUGGAUGUCCUGUUGCGUCAGUUAGGGCGUCCAGCAUCAGUUAGUUGACCAAAGGUCGACCAACGACCCAGAAGUGCCUCUAUUACCUGUCUGGUAAACAGCCACAAGAGGUGGAGUUAACCAUGUAAUAAAAUUAUUGCAAGUUAUCAAUAACUGAAAUAAUUACCACUGCAGGAUUAAACUGACUGGGGAAUUGCACCCAGACCACUUUAAUGAGCUGAAGUGGUCUGGGUGCCUAUAGUGUCCCUUGAAACAAUUUCUGUUUCUGUCUAAGAAACCAGGGAUAAUAUAAUCAGAAUGCUACACUCCAGAUGCAGUUGGAGUCCGUGUGCUAUACCUGCCUACAGAUGUGAAAAAGGCUUGGAUUUAAGAAGACGUAAAGUAGUUUUGGAAUGACUCCUCAUUUGUGUCGCUGCAGUCAGAGCCAACAACUAGUUAGGCAUUAAUAUAUACCUGACCUCCUUAUCCGAACCACCAACCAAUUUGACUUUAUUUUGAAAGUAUUACAGACAUUAGAAUGGUCUAAUGCAGGGCUCGAAAAAUCCCAGGCCUGGUCGCCAUGGCAAAGUUUUUUUUAUUAUUGCAAUAAAUAUCUAGUGAGCGGUUGCCCUAAGUGCCCCUGUGCAUAUUUAACAUUUGUGAUCUAAUCUCUGUAGGAAGAUACUAACACAUUUAUCCACUUAAUCCAAGUUAAAAUACAUUUCUGUUGUAGUCAAGUAAAAUGACUGUCAUUGUGACAUUGUAAAUGCAAACAACUUAACUAACACUAUCAUACUUUAUAUCUCUGUAGCUUUGGCUCAUGCCAGCAUUUGGAGCUCGCCCACAGCUGAAGAACAACCUGGAGUUGAAUUUCUACGGAGUUGUUGUCUGGACUAUAAUCACCAACAUAUGUCUACCUUUUGGGAUUUUUUAUAGGAUGCAUGCUGCUGCUAGUCUGCUAGAAGUGUUCGGGAUGUCUUAAAUGGUGCUCUCAUGAGGAUAAGGGCAUAUACAGUGUUAUAGAGUGAGGGGAUGGCAGAGUGAACGCAGGAAAAAUGCAAUAAAUAAUGAAAAUAUAGAAAAAUACCAUUGGAUGAAAGAGUGGAGGUAUCAGAAAAAUCUUGAAUAAUGAGGACUUGCAUUUGCUUUACGGAUACAAAUGCUAAGAUUGGUAAAUAGAAAAGGGUUUCCCAUCAUGUUAUCAUCUUCCUACAACUGUAAGACCAGCACAAGAUAUUAUUCUUCGUAUUUAUUUAUUUUUUAAAAAUAAGCUUUUUAUGGGUAUAGUAUAACUACAAAGUUUUAUUGCAAGUUUUCCUCUGAAAACACAAUGGAAUGUGAACAGCUAAUAUGAACAUAUUUAUAAUCAGUGUCAUGUGCCAAAUUCUCCUUCACGGUCAUUUACCUCCAUUCACCGUCAUCCAUACUGAAAAUUUACUGGACAUUAACUGAGCUAAAGAUAAAAAGCUGGAUGUAAAAUGAAGGUUGUAAAAUGUCGUGUCAAUGUGAAAAACAAUUAUAAAUGUACAUAUAAAUUAUAUAUGAUAUAAGAGUGCAAAUGCAAAAUGGAU